AUGGUGCCGAUAGCAACAGCAAACCUGAGGGAUGAUUUGAGAACAUCAAGAUCGAGUGUAUAUCCUGCAAAAGGCGCAGAUGCGAGAUUGCAAGAAUUGUGGACUCGACAUGGUGAUCCUCAGAGUGAUAGAUAUACGAAUCCCGACCUGAUCAGUCUGCCAUCACUUGUUCGGUAUAAUGCCUUGAUGUAUCCUGCUCAGAUUGCAUAUCUGGUCCCGAAGGCAGACAACUUCGACAGGAUAACCUGGCAAGAAUUCGAUGUUCUUACAGAUCUCUGCUCUGCCUAUUAUGCCGAAGCAUUCAGCCACGAGAUCUCUACUAGUAACGCCACUUCAUCACAACCGACUAUUGCUUUGCUUGGGACUGGACACACCUUCGAGUACUGGGUCACUCAAAUUGGUCUCUGCAAGCUGGGAGUACGAUUACUAUUAUUAAGCGACAAGAAUGCCGACGUGGCUCGAGACCACCUGCUCCAAGUCUGUAAUGCGACGGGUAUCGUGAUUGAGCAGCGACUCGCCAGAUCUUGGAGCAAUCCAGAAUACACUACAGUCACCAUACCUAGUAUGUCGUACCUACGAGCUUCGAGGCCGAGCAGCACAUACGCUGGCUUCGAGUCUGUUGACGUGUGGAACCAGCAUGCCAUGAUCAUUCACUCGAGUGGCUCAACAGGCUUGCCAAAGCCCAUCAUUCAUACCAACCGAAGCCUGAUGCUCAUCGCAAGGAUGUACCGAUUGUUCCAAAGCUUUGUUAUUGAGAAUUGGUACAACUGCUUUCCGCUAUACCACAUUGCUGGCGUUUCCAUCAUUCUCGGUGGUCUACCUUCUGCUCUUCCGACGAGUUUCCCUCCCGAGAAUUGGCCACCUUCGCCCGGUGCAAUGCUCUCUGCGUGGCGUAAGCUGGAAACCCUGGGUCAUCCUGUAAAUUGCUUGCAUUGUGCACCAUCAGUCAUUGAGGAUCUCUACGAGUACAUGUCGCUGGAAGGGAACUCGGAAUAUUCACCAUUCCUUCGGCUCAAGAUUUUGCAGCCGGGCGGCGCAGCUUUGUCGCCAGUCCUUCUCAGAAGACUGACUGACAUGGGAAUCAACGUCAAAACAACUUAUGGUUCUACUGAAAUUGGACCGCCGUUUCGAACUAUUCCGGAUACCAGAGAUAAUGCGAAAUGCUACAACGUACGAACAUUGUUCCCUGAUAACUCUCUAGUGCGGAUGGAACCCCAGGGAGAAGGUCUGUUCGAGUGCGUUGUAUACAAGGGGUUUGCCCUAGCAGCCGAGCUCUGGCCGACUCCCGAUGCCCCGAAUCCUUAUCGAACCAACGACUUGUUUCUGGAAGAUCCACCAGGUAGCGGACUGUUCGUGCUACAAGGCAGAAAAGAUGACAUCAUUGUCCACUCAAAUGGCGAGAAGACAAAUGCAUUACCACUACAGAUGGCCAUCGAGGAGUGUCACUCAGCUAUCAGUAAAGUUGUAGUGUUCGGCACCGACUACCCGUGCACCUCGGCGAUCAUUCAGCUAUCAGAAGAAGGCCUUUCCGGUCAUGAAGAUAUUCUGAGAUCGAUCGAACAAGCAUGCAAAGCCUUCCCUGCAUACUCUCAGGUGGACCAGUCAAUGACCGUGAUUCUCCCCAGGGGCAAAAUACUGCCAAUCACCCCGAAAGGCAAUGUUCGUCGGAAAGAGGCAUGGAAAUUGUAUGGUGCGGAAAUUGAACAGCUAUACGCCAACCAAGCAAACGGAGAGCCAAGCGAUGUAACCAAUAUCCCAGCGUUUGAUCUUGACAAUACAGCUUUCGUCCGUCACUGCGUGGCUCAAGUCUCGAAUUCACCCAUCGAAGUCGUCACAGAGAAUCUUAGUUUCUAUGACUUAGGUCUCAACUCGCAAAUGGCGGUCAGAUUGCGACCUCAAUUAGCUCAUCGCUUUGGCAAAUUUCCACUGAUGUACAUUUUUGAGUACCCUUCAGUGUCGAAGUUGACAGAAGCACUGUCUCGUCCUAGUUUUGACCAAAGCGUCAUCUCACCUUCGGUUUCACAAUUUGCCUGGAUUCAAGAUACCAUUGCACGCUAUACAUCCGAGAUUCAGUCUUGGUCAAAGCCGGAAGUCAAGAUACACGAGGGCAAACGACAAGUCGUCUAUCUGACAGGCGCGACUGGAGCACUGGGCAAUGCUUUGAUUGCUGAACUUGUCACCAAUCCCAACGUCAGCAAAGUUUAUUGUGCUAUCAGAGGCGCCCAAGCCCGGGAGCGACUCGUAGAUCAGCUCCGAGUUCGGGGCUACGAUAUGCAAGUAGCUGUCAGUGACAAGCUGGCGGCUGUGGCGUAUGACAUGUCCGAUGUCAGUCUUGGCCUUGACAAGAACCAGUAUUCGAAGCUAGCAUCGGAAGUUACUACAGUUAUCCACAAUGCUUGGAAAAUGGAUUUCAAUCAAAAAGUGGACAUGUUUGAGAAAGACUGUCUCUGCAGCUCCUUGAAUCUGCUGCGGUUCUGUCAGGAGUUGACUGAAAAAAGAUUUGUCUUCACGAGCAGUGUUGCCACGAAUAUGGGCAAAGACGCCAGAAAAUCUGUCGAGGAAACGCCAAUCGCCAACAAUCCUGCACUCGCUCUAGAGACCGGAUACGCGCAAAGCAAGUUCAUCGUCGAGCGGAUAACUCAAGAGUAUGCCCGUAUAACUGGAUCCCCCGUACAGAUUUGUCGUGUGGGUCAGCUUUGCGGGCAUACGACCUUGGGCUCUUGGAACACUUCCGAGAUGUUUCCCAUCAUGAUUGCUACUGGCCUGAAGUACCUCAAUGCCAUGCCGACUUUCGACAAGCAAACAGUCGACUGGCUUCCAGUUGAUAUCUGUGCAAAGGCUAUCAACACCUUGAUUUCUACUCCUAUGAGCGACGUCAGCUAUGCACUCCAUAACCUGGUGAACCCGUCUACUAUCUCGUGGUCUGAAUUCCUCAAUGCAUUGGAACAUGCUUUUGAUUCGCAAUUUGAGCGCAUCGACAUGCACGAAUGGGUUGCACGAUUGCAAGAUCUGAGCGAGAAAGUAGACGACGUGCCCGGAGCAAAGCUGCUAGGAUUCUUCGAGAACAUGGUUGAAGAGGAACAAGCGACUCCGCAAUUUGAAACCUCCAAGACUGCUACUCUUGUACCGAGGCUAAGAGACUGUGAGGCGGUUGAUGGCAAGCUGCUAAAGCUGUACUUGGGGCGAUGGCGAGCUGAUGGGUUCCUGACCUGA